AUGGAUAUCCAAGAAGGAAUUUCACGACUUAUAUCCAAUGCCCCACCAACUCAUUACAUAGUUAAAGUACAACUAUUUUCACUCCUUGCAAAACACUCAAUAGAGAGAUACGAAUCAGGAGAAUUCGAUGCUGGAGGCUACAAGUGGAAGUUGGUUCUGUAUCCGAGCGGAAACAAAAGUAAGAAUGUGACGGACCAUAUUUCCCUAUACUUAACUUUGCAAGGAGCAAGUGCACUUCAUUCUGAUAUAGAAAUCUACGUCAAUUUUCGAUUAUUUUUGCUAGAUCAGAACAAUGACAAUUACUUAGUGAUCCAAGAUACAUUUGGAAAGGAAAGGAGAUUUACAAAAAUAAAGGUUGAAUGGGGAUUUGAUCAAUUUAUUUCUCUCAAAGAUUUCAAAGAUGGUUCCAAUGGUUAUCUUGUGGAUGAUGAAUGCACAUUUGGAGCAGAAGUCUUUGUUUGUAGGGAAAGAAACCAAGGUAAAGGAGAAUCUUUAGCAAUGAAGGAUGCAAUUACCUACAAACACGUUUGGAGGAUUGGCAACUUCUCCAAAUUGGGUUCAGAAUGCUUGGUCUCCAAACCGUUCAACACUGGAAACUAUAAAUGGAUUUUAAAAUUAUAUCCCAAUGCAAAAGGUGCUGGAUUAGGCACUAAUAAUCUUUCUCUGUAUAUGGCCUUAGCUGAUCCAUCAACUUUUCUUCCUGGUUCUAAAAUAUAUACAUAUAUAACUUUACGCAUCCUUGACCAAAAGCAAAGCAACCAUUACUAUGGAAAAGCUAAUUAUUGGAUUAGUGCCUCGAGCCAUGAAAUUGGUUAUUCAAGGUUUGCUUCGUUAAGUAGUAUCUUAAAUACUUAUUAUGGUUACGUCGUGAACGACACUUGCGUAGUGGAAGCCGAGGUUACAAUUCUUGGAACGGUUCAUCGUUUGUCCUGA